AAACAUUUCGCGUUUUCGCUCGCAACGUGUAAACCCUAAACCCUUGUACUACUGGGGCCUGCAAAUUGGGUCCGCCAAAUCUCCGGUUCCGCUCUGCUCACUGCGUCCUUCGUUCAUCGUCGGCAGACCUAUUGCUAAGAAUGGAUUUAUUAUAUUCCAAAAUUUUGGAAAUCGGAAUCGGGACUGAAAAUCAAUUCCGAAAGUUUUCGGAACGGAAUUCAGAACACUUGUUUCCGAUCGGUUCCGGCCGAAACACAGCCCUAAUUGGAACUGCUUUCUAGUGAGAGGAGUUAGUAAGUUUACAAGGAGGAAUAUGAAUUUCAACAACGUUAAGGUUCCCAAAGUGCCAGGCGGUGGUGCAGUUUCUGCUUUACUUAAAGUGGGAAUAAUUGGUGGGCUUGGCUUGUAUGGAGUUGCCAACAGUAUAUACAAUGUCGAGGGAGGGCAUAGAGCCAUUGUGUUCAACCGUAUAAUUGGUGUCAAAGACAAGGUUUACCCAGAGGGGACACAUCUUAUCAUUCCCUGGUUUGAGAGGCCAGUCAUUUAUGAUGUCCGUGCACGACCUCAUCUGGUGGAGAGUACUUCUGGCAGCCGCGAUCUCCAAAUGGUCAAAAUUGGGCUUCGAGUUCUUACUCGUCCUGUACCAGACCAGCUUCCUACAGUUUAUCGUACUCUUGGUGAGAAUUAUAAUGAGAGAGUCCUUCCUUCUAUUGUUCAUGAAACUUUGAAAGCUGUUGUUGCACAGUAUAAUGCCAGCCAGCUCAUUACUCAGAGAGAGACUGUUAGUAGGGAAAUACGAAAGAUUUUGACUGAAAGGGCAGCCAAUUUCAACAUUGCGCUGGAUGAUGUGUCAAUCACCACCCUCACUUUUGGGAAGGAGUUCACCGCUGCAAUUGAGGCGAAACAAGUGGCUGCACAAGAAGCUGAGAGAGCUAAAUUUGUUGUGGACAAGGCUGAACAAGACAAGAAAAGUGCUAUCAUCAGAGCAGAGGGUGAGGCCACAAGUGCCAAGCUGAUUGGUGAAGCUAUUGCGAACAAUCCGGCAUUUAUUACACUGAGGAAGAUUGAAGCUGCAAGAGAGAUUGCACAUACGAUCUCAAAUUCAUCGAACAAAGUUUACUUGAACUCAGAUGAUCUGUUGUUGAACCUUCAGGAGAUGAAUUUGGACUUCAACCGGAAGAAAUAGGCUCUGCAGGUUGUACCUGUAAUCUUUUCAAUUUUCGGAUUGUAAAAUUGUGGAAAUAUUUCCUUUAAAAGUUGAGUAAAUGGACCUUAAAAGUUCAGUCAUUUGACGCACCACCAGUUGGCAUGGCAAGCGGCUCUCUGUGGAGAUAAAUUCUAAACAUUUAAUGGAACUUUUGAGGGUGCAGUUACUGUUAGGUGUUUCACAUGUUGACAUAGGAUGCGCGUAUUUGUCUGUUCCUUAAAUGUUGCGUUUCUCAUGUUGAUUUAUGAUGCUCGUAUUCGUCCGUUCGCUAA